AUGACAACGAUUGUGGUAACUGUGCUUUGUCUCCUACCAUUAAUGGCUCUCUUGGUUCACGUGAGACACAAGGAAUGGUCAUAUAUCGAAUGUUUUUACUUUACUUUCACGACUUUGAGUACCAUUGGUUUUGGCGAUUACUUGCCGCAAUUUAAGAACAACGCUGAUUAUUCACUUGUACUCCUGGCGUUUGUGGGUCUCGCUUUCGUAUCGAGCAUAUUUUGUUCAAUGAACAAUGUGCUUGAGCAGUAUGGGGUUAGUGCGCGCGUUGUGCGGUCACUGCGCGAGAAGAAGAAGUCUUCGGCAGAAAAAUCAAGUAAUAACAAUAAACAAUUACCCUGUAACGGGAACGAAAUAAUGGCGGAAGCAUGUAGUGAUGGCAAAAAAGGAGAUUUGAACAACAGUCUUCUAAAGACAGGCGACAGUACCAAGAAGGACGAUGUGCCAAUUUCCGGUUCAGAAAGAAACAGUUUUGCGGAAGAAAAAACUAUGAGAAGCAAAAAGCGUGAAAGCUCAAUAAGCCUUGGAAUAUUUACUUGCUAA